AAAUCACAUACUAUAAGUUUAUAAUUAUAGAAAUUUUUCAAAAUGAUACAAUAAUAUAAGCGCUGCUACAUUAAUUUUAUGUUCGAGAUACAUUAAUCGUUUAAGUAAAAUACAUUACAUUUUAUACAUGAUAUACUAAUUUGAUACGCGAGAUAUAUAACUCUGAUGCGUUAGAUACGUUAAUCUGAUGCGCGAAAAUAAGAAAUUUUGGGAAUUUGUAAAACUAACAGAGAAUAAUGAUUAUAUGAGUAUUUAAAUGUGAAAUUUAUGUCAUUUUUCAAAUAUAUGAUCUCACAAUUUCUUGGUUGGAGUUGAAAUGUGUAAGAAAGGAGUGAGUCUUUAAUUUUAUAUUCUCUUGUGACUUUCACCAUUUUUACUUUUUUUUUUAAAAAAAAAUAAUAAUUGUAAGACUUAAUUUUUAAAAAAUGGAGUUAAUUGUACAUGCCCUCAUUUUAUGUUAACUGUAAUAAAGAUAAUAGUCAUAUAACAAUUCAAUUCCCAGAAGACCAGGACUUCAUUAUGAUAAUUCAAUGUUGUAAAAUAAUUAAUAUUCCCUUAUUUUGAGGCUUUAGAUCUAUUUUUGCACCAUUUAUUCAUCAUCAUCCUCUUUUUUUCUUCUUGUUUUCUUUAAUUUAUAUUUAUAAAAUUUGUUGAAUCACUUCUCUUGUUUAUUAUUAUCAUUUCUUUCUGGUAAUUAAUGUUCUUUGUUCCCUCUUGAAGUUAUAUUAUGUAUUUAGAAUAAUUUAGCUUUAGAUUUCUCAUUUCACUAUAUCCCUACAAUUACCUCUAGUUUGUUUUAGAUCAUAAAUUUCGAAGGUUUGUUCGUUCUUUCUUAAAAUGCAUGUCCGAUCAAAGUGUAUCGUGUAAAAUAUGAUAAAGUUAGUAGUACGUAAAACUUACUCAUACUCUAUGUUUACACUAGAUCAAUAAAUGCAAUAUGAGUGUUUUUCAUAUAUACAUUCAUUCCCGCUUUAAUUUUUAACCGUAAGGUCAAUUUGCUUAGUUUGAUAUAAAUAUCGAGUCAGAAUAAGUAUAAGUGUAAUGUGGAAGAACCAUCAUUUAUAGUUUGAUUCAAAUGGAUAUAAGAUGAAUCACUCCAAUUUCUCAGCUAAAAAUCAUGAAGUUUGAAGUGAAAAAAAUAGGGAAAAAGGACAGAUAUACCCUCAAACUAUCGUAAAUGGUAUGCAAAUACCCUCCGUCAUACUUUCAGGACAUUGUUGCCCCUGCCGUCCAAAAACUAGAGCAUAUAUACCCUUUAUACUAACAGACAUACACGUGUCACAAUUUUAUCCAUCGAUCCGAUAUUUAUCAACGGAUAAGAUUGCGCCACGUGUCCCUAUUUAGUUUUUCGUUAGAGCGAAGGGCAUAUAUGCUCUAGUUUUUGAACGGCAGGAGCACCAAUGUCUCAAAAGUAUGACGAAGGGUAUCUGCAUACCAUUCACGAUUGUUUAGGGGUAUAUUUGUCCUUUUUCCCAAAAAAAUAUUCGAGGAAUGCUAAAGGCGUUAACGCGUUUUUUGUUUUUCAGGCAUGGAUUUAUUGGUGGUGUCCAAGAGAAGGAACAAUAUUACUAGAAAACUGCUCUUAGCUGCUGGCAUUACUGCAAUUUGUUUUCUUAUAUUCAGAACAUCACCUGGUUUUAGUAGUUUCAUGAAGUUUGCUCAGCGCGAACCUGGUGUAACUCAUGUCUUAGUUACUGGAGGAGCUGGCUUUAUAGGUUCUCAUGCUACUGUUCGACUCCUAAAGGAUUCAUACCGCGUAACAAUAGUGGACAACCUUUCGCGUGGAAACAUGGGCGCUGUAAAAGUUCUUCAAGAAUUGUUUCCUGAGCCAGGACGACUUCAGUUUAUUUAUGCAGAUUUAGGAGAUGCAGUAGCUGUUAACAAGAUAUUUAAACGAAAUGCAUUCGAUGCUGUGAUGCAUUUUGCAGCUGUUGCAUAUGUUGGUGAAAGUACACAAGAGCCUCUCAGGUAUUAUCACAACAUCACAUCGAAUACAUUGCUACUAGUUAAGGCAAUGGCAACAUAUGGUGUAAAGACACUAAUCUAUUCGAGUACCUGUGCUACGUAUGGAGAGCCCGAGAAAAUGCCUAUUACAGAAGAAACCCCGCAAGCACCGAUAAAUCCAUAUGGAAAAGCUAAGAAAAUGGCUGAAGAUAUCAUACUCGACUUCUCAAAAACUUCUGAUAUUGCUGUCAUGAUAUUAAGGUAUUUCAAUGUAAUUGGAUCAGAUCCUGAAGGAAAGCUUGGAGAAGCUCCUCGACCUGAAUUGCGUGAGCAAGGAAGAAUAUCUGGUGCCUGUUUUGAUGCAGCCAGGGGAAUAAUUCCAGGGCUGAAGAUAAGAGGAGUAGAUUACAGCACACCUGAUGGAACAUGUAUACGAGACUACAUCGAUGUGACUGACCUAAUCGAUGCUCAUGUUAAAGCGUUAGAGCACGCAAGACCUAGUAAAGUUGGUAUCUACAACGUCGGAACAGGAAGAGGUAGUUCAGUGAAGCAAUUCGUCGAAGCUUGUAAAAGAGCUACAGGAGUUAACAUAAAGGUUGAAUACCUCACUCGACGUCCUGGAGAUUAUGCUGAAGUAUACAGUGAUCCUUCUAAAAUUAGACACGAAUUGAAUUGGAUCGCGAGAUAUACGCUUGAAGAGAGCUUAGCAAUAGCAUGGAGAUGGCAAAAGGCACAUAGAAAUGGUUACAACUAAAAGUAGAUAAGUUUAAGGUUUGAAGUCAUGAAUUACUUUUUUAAGUUUUGAAUAGAUAACAUUAUACCUCUAGCAUACUCAGUGACGGAGCCAGGAUAUUCGUCAAGGAGAUUCUUGGCCAUAUAUAUAUAUAUAUAUACCCCUCGCGAUAACCUGGCUCCGCCAACGCCUAUGGGAGGUGCAAUGGCAUUGGAAAUUCAUGUGUGUUGUCAACAAUGAUAUCAUAGUUGAUAGUUUGUUAGGUUUAUAACUGCAAAAUCUUUACAUAUUCUUGUGUAUCAAUAGCCAUUCAACAAUUCAGUUGAUUGUCAUAAAGAUGUAUUCCUUACGUUUCAUAUUAGUUGUUCAUUUUUUCUUUUGUA